AUGAAUUACGAGCGUCUGGCAGCCGAGGUCCCCGUGGCCUACCGGGUCACUAGAGAGACCAGGCACCGUCCGACUGCGCCUUUUCCUUCUGACACCCACCAGCCUUUUAUCCCAUUAGACCCCGACCUCCUCAAUGGCCUCUUAGGCUGGAUCCGCAACGACACCUUUGGCAGAGUCGCUGAGAUCUGUGCUAUAUGGGCUGCAAUCCUGCGAGCCAACAAAUACCUCGCCGAAGCCGAUCGCACUCUCCAGACGCAUAAAGUCGUCCAUGACAGUUUCAAUCUCGGAAGCAGUUUGAGCUUGGAGUCCACGCAGACUAAGCAGUUAAUGGAUGCUAUCCCUGGCGGUAGACGGGCAAUUCCGAUUAAUGGCGCUGAUGACUUUGCUCUUGCUAUUAAGCGGCUGAGAUUUGUUCGCAAGUUUGAAUAA